AUAUGAUAUGAUUAUAUAUCUUCCCCAAGCAACUCCUCUAUUUCACACACACCUUCAUCACUCUACUUAGCACACCCCCCCAAUUUCAUCAUCAUUUUAUUACAAAAAUGGAAAAGACUACUUCUAAGAGAAAACAUGUUAGUCUGAUCAAUGAAUUGAUCCAAGGAAAAGAGCUAGCAAAGCAGCUAAGCAACCAUAUAGUUUUAUGUUCCAAUGAAACCAAUGAAUUCUUGAUUGACAAAAUAAUUUCCACCUAUCAGAAAACACUUACUAUGCUCGACCAUUGGCCUAAUUUGGAAGGAGAGAAUAAGACCAUUGAUGAUGGUAACAAUAGGGAUUCUCAUUGUUCUUUUACAAAUGAGAGUCCCAAAAGUGAGGUUAUUAUUAAGAACAAAGCUCUCUUCAAGAAAAGGAAGAGCAUGGACACAUGGAAAGAGCAAGUGAAGUUUUGUACAAACAAAGGAUUGUUUGAAGGGUCUUUGGAUGAUGAAUAUAGCUGGAGAAAAUAUGGUCAAAAGGAUAUUCUUGGAGCUAAGUUUUCAAGAGGAUAUUAUAGAUGCACACAUAGAAAUGGACAAGGGUGCCUAGCAACAAAGCAAGUUCAAAGAUCAGAUGAAGAUCCAACAAUAAUUGAGGUUACUUACAAAGGAAGACACACAUGUUCUCAAUCUAAGCCUUUAAAAAAGGAUUUUCCCUCAAAAUUAAAUAUAAUAGGUUUAGACAAAAAUAAACUCCACAAUGAUAAAAAGAAUCAACUACAACAAACACAAGAAGCUAGUUUCACUUUGAAAGCAGAACUUGAUGUGAAAAGAAUGGACUUAGAAGAAACCAAAGAAGAUAUCUUCCCUUGGUUUUGUUUUUCUUCUCCAUCAAUUGAAUCAGAAAAUGAGACUAUGAGGGAAAGUUUUUGUCAUGGAUUUAUAUCACCAGAAACUUCAGAAGCAAACUUUUUUGGUUUGUCAGAAUAUCAAUUGGGCUGCAUUGGAUUAUGCCAAAAUGUAGUACAAACUUCAGAAUCUGAUAUCACUGAGACAGUUUCAGCCACAACUUCAGUCACCAAUUCACCAAUCCUUGAUUUGGAUAUUUUGUUACAUAGAGGGGAUUUUGACACUGAUUUUCCUUUUAACAUCUCUGAAUAUUUCUCUUCAUAAAAUUCCACAAUUUCUUAGACAGCAAGAAUAGCUUAGUCUGUGUCCAAAUUAAAUAUUAUAUACUUUGUAGAUGAUGUAACUUGUAAGGGUAUAUUUAACAAAAAGUGGAGAAGUUAGAAGUAAUUAUUAGGCAAA